UACAGGAGAUGGCCGGAGACUGCGGACACAGUACAGGAGAUGGCCGGAGACUGCGGACACAGUACAGGAGAUGGCCGGAGACUGCGGACACAGUACAGGAGAUGGCCGGAGACUGCGGACACAGUACAGGAGAUGGCCGGAGACUGCGGACACAGUACAGGAGAUGACCAGAGACUGCGGACACAGUACAGGGGAUGACCAGAGACUGCGCACACAGUACAGGAGAUGACCAGAGACUGCGGACACAGUACAGGAGAUGAUCAGAGACUGCAGACAGGAGAUGACCAGAGACUGCGGACACAGUACAGG